AUGGGUGAAGAUAUUUCUGAAGCAUAUCCGAGUUGGAGGUUAUUCUUUGUUGGAGCGGAAAAUCAUCAAGGAAGAGGUAUUGGAGCAGUCUUAGUGUCAGAAUCUGGUCAAUACAAGCCUAUGGCGGCUAAACUCCAAUUUAACUGCACGAACAACAUGGAUGAAUAUGAAGUUGUAUCCUCGGUAAAGGAGCAGACAAUACAUUGUUUCCAUGUUGAAGCAGAACCAGAUGGUUUGCCACGGUAUUUUGAUAUCAAGAAAUAUUUAGAGUCCGCAACUGAUCUUGAAAAUGUGACAUUUAACAAGAAGAAGUCGCUACGCCGUUUGGCCCUCAACUUCUUUCUAAGUGGGGAAGUCCUUUAUAGGAGUACUCCAGAUUUGGGUCUUCUCAGAUGUAUCGAUGCUGUUGAAGCUGCAAAGCUUAUCAAAACGAUACAUCCUGGAGUUUGUGGCACGCACAUGAAUGGACCCACUUUGGCAAGGAAGAUCCUUCGAUCCGGUUAG